AUGCUAGGGUCUCGCUUGUGGAAAUGUUCAACUAGAGUUUCAGUUCAGCGCUCUUUACACUCUGUCUCAUCGGCAAGAGCCAUCCAGCCUUUUAAAAUGCCUGCAAUGUCUCCUACUAUGGAAAGUGGAGGGAUUGUUGAGUGGAAGUUUAAGGUGGGUGAGCCUUUUGCAGCUGGAGAUGUUAUUUUAGAAGUCGAAACCGACAAAGCUCAAAUCGAUGUCGAGGCACAAGAUGAUGGUAAACUAGCUGAUAUAGUACUAGGUGACGGAUCAAAAGACAUUGACGUUGGGACCACCGUUGCAUUUAUUGCUGACGUUGACGAUGAUUUAUCGACCAUGGAAAUUCCAAAAGUUGACGAAGUAGCUAAACCAGCGCAAGGAAAGGAAAAUUCAGGGGCCAAUGCUGCUGCUCCUAAAGAGGAAAAGCCAAGAAAGGCUUUAGGAAGUGCUUCUUCAGGCAUCUUGAAUAAGGCCAAUCCAAACCAAACCCUACUACCAUCUGUAGAACUAUUGUUGCACCAACAUGGCAUUUCCAAGGAAGAAGCGUUUACUAAGAUCCAGGCUUCAGGUCCCGGUGGAAGACUACUGAAGGGAGAUAUUUUGGGUCACUUAGGCAAGAUACCGCUGGACAGUGUUGUUAAUGUUACUGAAUACGUUAAGAAGUUCGAAAAGUUAGACCUCACCAAUAUCGAACUAAGAACUCAGCAGCCAGUUGAUGCUAAGAAACAGGCAGUUAAGGACGAAUCAAAGGACGCUAAACCGGCAGCUAAGGCUUCCGGUCCAGUUAUUUUGAAGGAAACCAUUCCAUUCACUCUAAAAUUAAGUGAUGAUGCAUCUAAAGUUCACAAUAUUAUUAGUGACUACAUGCGUGAUGGUGUAAAGGAAGCCCAUAAAAACUCAUAUAGGCCAAAAUCUGCCAUUUAUGAUCCAUUGUUUGAGGAAUUGAUUACUAUAGAACCAAGAAAGCCAAGGUUUAGUGUUAAAUAUAACAUGCGCAAGAUGGAUGGCACAGUUGUGGAAGCAAAGGAGGACAUCUUUGACAUUUUGACUGGGAACGCUACCCCCAGAAGAACAGCUACUAAGGAGAAUUCCCGUAAUUACGCCUUAGAUUUGGAAGUCGUAUUGGAUUCUAAAUUGCCUGACGCUAAGGACAAGGCAACCAAAUUCCUAGCUAAUAUCAAAGCAUCAAAACUUUUUGCUGAUGAGCCAAGCAAAGAAUCGAACACUAUCUAA